AUGUCACGUUCUGGUAAGCCCAUCCUCCAUUCAGCUAGCCUGUCUUUUAUCUAGACAUUUUGACAACAGACCACGUAGCGAAACUCUCCCGCUUUAAGUAAUCACUUUUUUUCACUAUAUUUAGCAAAUGUUUAUGCGAUGCAUGCCUCUUAUAUUAUUUUCAAAUGAGCUAAACAGCCUUAGUCUCAAGCGCAGUUUUUAGAUCCUUCCUUCAGGUACUAAUGCCGAGGCUAAGACCACUUGUCGAUUACGUUUUUAUAAAAAGAACGAAGAAGGUACAAACCUCGUAAAAGCAGUAUCAGGCGCAGCACUUAAUUUUUUAAGAAUUAAACAAGGUAGUUUACUUGUUAGUGAUUUGUUAAAAUUCCAUUUUUUUAUUUGCAAAAGUCCAAUGUCAAAAAUUCUCAAAAAUUGCGUUUCCUUGUCAAAAAUAUAUCAAAAUCGGAGGAAACAGUUAUAUGCUGCAUCCAAACUAGUUAGUAUGCACCGCGUGAAUUUGUUUUUUUUCAAACAGAAAAACAUACUUGUCUAUUGCGCAACAUGCUAUGAGAAAACUAGCGGCAGGCGUUUUGUACAAGUUUAAAUCCACUUUUAUGGUUACCGUAACUCACUCAGAAUUAUGAAAACACUGGCGUAGAACGCGCCUCUAUAAUAUGUUGUGCAGAUUUUCACGUCUAAGUGUUGGACUUUCACAUGUUUAACCUAACAAAAAAUCGAAUUAUUCUUAAAGCUUCUAAGUGACAAGCGGGCUAAUUUAAGCUUUAUAUCAGGGCUUUCACAGUUCCAAAAAAACGACACAGUACUAACAAAUAAUUCACUUCAUACCGGACGUUUUGCACACUUAUAAAAAUGAAUUUGGACAUUUGACUACACGUAAUCGUUUUAACCAUAAGCAGAAUAAAAAGCGUUUGUAAUACAUAAAGUAGUUAAUCGACGUUUGCGUUUGAAUUUUGUUUUUGGAUUCCACAAAAUGACGUUGAAAGUUAGUUUCUGACUGUAAUUUCUGGACAAAAUGAAAGAAUAAACAAGCGGAAACAAACAUAUACACUAAAAAGACAUGCUGAAUAAAUAGACAUUCCACGCGGAAUGCAAAACAUCAAGUAAGCUCGAUAAAUGUUCGGACAUAAGCAUAGAGGAUUUAGUCGACAGAUCUCUGCAUUUAAAUCAAUUUUGAUACAUGAAUUGCGCAGUAUUGUUACCCUGACACUGUUCUUUUAACCUACACCAAAGUUUAAUGAGUGACGGUGCAUCUUUUUAUCAGGUUUACUAUGCGUUUUAGUAAAAAAAUUGCUUUGUCCCCCUUAAAAAGCACAUAAGGACGCAUUUUCUACGGAUUACGAGCAGUUUUACAUCCGCAAUCUUUGAAGUCGUUACUUAAGCAAUUGCUAUGUCAUUUUUUCAAGUGACAAGUAUCAUUAAAUUUACUAUAAGUUUUACUUAAAAUAUUUUUUGGACUCAGGAAGUUUUAUCUCAAGCACACGAUUUUUUGCCUAGGUGUACCAAAAGGUAGUAAGUCGUCUAUAUAUAUGAAAAGAUAUAUAACUUGUAUUUGCAAUCUCGAUUUGUUAAUUUGAUGUUGCUCGUCUUACAUGAGGUUCCAUGGUUUUUUAGGCGACUUCUAUUCUACGGAUAUUCCUCUGAGACCCCUCUUUGGUAAAUAAUCCUUUGAAUUCAAUAUUGGAAUUUGCACAAACCUCUCAUUUGUUAAUACUAAAAAUUGCAAAUACAUUCACUAAAACUUUGGCACCUACGUCUUUGAUGUGUUGAAAAGGAUAGGUGACCCCGUUUUAUUUAUGUAUAGAUGACACUACGCUGGUUUUUAAUACCUAUAUGUUAUUUAUUACUUAAAAAGGGUUGUUUCGCAACCCAGCUGGUCAGUUCAGUCAUUUUAUGCUUCAAGAGUCUUAGGUAACCUUUUGAGAACCAGAAUGCUGUACAAUGCUCACUUUCCUUCCAUUUUUUGUCCUUCUAACUCGUCUAGGAUUCAUUGGUAAGAUUUUCUAUCAAAUGUUUUCUUAUGCCUGUCUCAUUGCUAAUCAGCCGAAUGUGAUCGUAUACAUUAUAAUCAUCACUGUAGAUUCAAAAACACUUCUACUCUACAUGCAUAAGUGUCCAUACGAAGUAUAAAAACGAGCCUCAAACUUAGUGUAAGUUAUCAAAACCACCAGUAACUGAUUAAGAGCAUUGUUGACCUUUGCUAAAGACCCUGGCGCGUGAGCUAUGUAUCCUGAAAUACUCAGCCAAAAUGUCAGGCUGACAAUUGCAGCUAUGUUUCUUACCAUUACUUGCGCUUGCCUUUCAUCAUUUCUCAAAUAUUCGGUGGAAAUAAUCCUUGCCUUACUGGCAAUAAAAAGGGUGUUUCAAUAUAUCUUCUUACUCUUUCUUCUUUAAACGUAUAUUUUGUCCAACAAUAUAUAUCACGCUAUAUUAUUGCUUUUAGACGACUUUGGUAAGUAAAUCUGCAAAUGAAACACAGGGUUUCUUUUACUUUUUCAAACAAACAAGACACACAGUGAAAAUAUUCUGAUAGGAAAUAAGUUGCAAAUGCCAGGUUAACACAGCAUUUAAAAGCGAUUCCUACUGUCCAAAUUUUCCCUGUAAUUUAGUUACGCUCCGGCGGACCUCCGUUAUUUUACUUUUAUUUGACACCCACAAAAAAUGUCCCUGAUGAAACAGAAAGCAAUAUAUCCGACUCAUAACAAAAUGUCACAUUUGACGUUCCUAGUAUAGAAAUGACGAAAAAUGUCUUGAAAGCAAAUGGCAAAUUCCUUUUCAUACAUUUGCAGGGAUGUUUUGGCAGCAGUCUGACAAAUAACGCUAAACCUUCUUCUAUUCCUCCAGCGUCUUACAAAUUAAUGAAUAACCUCUUUUUUCGAUUUAAGGCCUAUGUGAAGAAUAUAGUCGAGGUCGGACAAGGGAUUCGCGUCAGAAAAAGAAAAGUAAUAAUUUAUGCCACUCUUUUGAGUUUUUCUUCUUAAAAGCGAAACCUGUCAUUAUGUCCUGUUCAUUGACGGUACAGCAGUUGAUGUCACAUUCAGUCGUUUUUUUAAUCAAGACUUUUAAACUUCUACAAAAUUGCUGUACCAAAAUGCGGAUCUUACUUCAAAACAUUGAGUAUACAGUGCCAACGGUAUUCUCCCAUUUAGAAAUUAACAGUCCUAAGUAUGGGUUUGAGACGACUGAUAAUUUGGGCAGAUUAGUACAGUACUCUUUUAUAUUUAUUCUGUGUAUGAUCAGGCAAUCACAACCUCGAUCAUUAGCUGAGAUCAGGAACACAAACAUGUGUUCAUACACGGCACAUAUUAUCCACAGGCGGAUUCCAAUAGAUGCGUUAUAAACAUUUUAUUAAGACAAAGUUCAUUGUUGCCUCGUUACCUGUCAUCCUUCGCUCCUAAUCGGAUCCUUGCUCAGUCAGGAAUGGGCACGCAACGACUCAUUGGUAGUUAGUUGCCUGCUCGUGAACUUUGGCACAUAUAAGUUGCUUCUUGUCACAGGAAGUCAAAAGUCCCAUAGUUAACUUACAGACGCGUUUUUAAUUAUGCUGCCAGAGCGCAGUGACAUUGUGGAUGCCUCGCUCAUUUUUAUUCAUUGAAAGGUCGCAUUUGUUAGGACUAAUGAUUGGACAAGUAUUCAAACGUUUAAUGGGUCUUCUUUAAUCUUGUAUGCAAGUGAAUGUCCAUUUCUAUCGCUCUGUUACUGCACGCUUGGUCACAAAAUUCAACCCUAAAUUUGGGAAUAUACACAAUAGUUUUUAUUUAUAACAAACUAAAACAUGAAAGCACACCCGGUUGACCAUACACAUCGAAACCUCUGUUGGUAGCACUUGCUCAUUUUUGUAUUGCUCAAAGCUUACGUACUAUUAAGUAAUUAGUAGUAAAUGUCAAACAUUGUAAACUGCCGAGACGAGUUACGCACCACCGAAGCUGUGAUGCUGUAUCUAAAAUAAAAGUAAUUGCUCGAAGAGGGAGCGGAAGUUUUGGAUGCAUCUUGUACGAAGUGGCAAAAUAUAUUUCGAUGUGAGAAUUGCUUACUUUUGGUGUAGAAAUUAAGGGCUUAUCUAGAGAGAUGUGAUGCGUGGCUGUGAGGGGCCGUUAUUUCUAGUGAGGCCACGCAUAUGGUUGUAACAUAUUUAAGCAUUUGAGCACAACUCUUAUCCAUCGACGCCCAUGCGGUAAGUUCUCUGCGAGUCAUUCUUUGAAGAUUAAGGGUCCUAUAUACUCCUGCUUUUUAGUAAUCCGUUAACUGACUAAUGCUAAAAAUUUAUCUCAUUACAAAAGGCCUAAUUUAGAAAAAACACCGCUUUUCGUCUCCGGUUCGAAGUUUUCUUUUCUCAAAAUGCAAACAUCGAGUAGCCUACGUGAAAGCUAAAGCAUGUUCGCCCUCAUUUUUAAAUGACUGUUCAGGUCGCUCGCAGUCAUCGAGGCGUUCUUCCUCUGGGGGCGACUGGUGUCGAGGGUCCGACUCUGACUCUGACUCGAAAUGUAAGAGAACAAACUCAGUGCCUACUUCCAUUUUUAAUAAAAAGAUAGCUGCUGAACUGGUUAGCUUCUAAAUUUCAUCAAUAAUCGAUGCUUAAAUUUAGAGAAGGCAUGUUCUCCGGAACAAAUAUUUUCAGGCCCUUUUGAGAUUCUAAUUUGGACUUUUUGGCUCUAUUCGAUUAACUUCAGUGGAAUAACAAUGAAAUCGUCACAAUCUACCAGUAGCUAGUCUGUAGUAUUUAUAUUUUAAUUCGUUUAGCGUACCCGUAACCAGCACUAAUUUUUGCAUCACAACAAAACAAUCCGUGUGUUAUAUUAAACUGAAUACUAAAUAAUAAAGGAAGUAAUGUAGAUGAAAAUAACUACAGCACUAUGCAUAUAUGCAUAGAUUAUGACAUGUUUAACAUCAGCAUAAAAUAUUUCAGAUAUUUUAUGCAUGAUGAAGACUUUUGUAAUAGACCUAGACGAACAAUGUGUACGUGAUGGAACCUAUGUCACCUGUAAACGCUUAGACAACACAAAAAUGAUGAUUGACAUGGUCGCUCCGUUUGGCAUUAAGAUCAUCGUCAUUUUUGCUACCACCAGAAGUGAAUUCUCGGAUUUGGCAGCAAAGGCAGUGAUUAUUUCAUCCGUUCAUGUAUGGGCAUUAGUAAAAGUACACCAAACUGCAUAAUCCAAGGCCCCAAAGAAGGGACCUAGGUGAAAGAUAUGACAAUCAGACCGGACUUCUGCAUUACCUGUUUUAUUAUUGAUUAUCAUUCACUGUUAUUUCUUUGGAAUAAUUCUUAAUUUCUGUCAGCUGACUUUGGUUGUGAAACUGAAAACGAUGAACAUUUUUGGUCUAUUUGUGAUAAAUCAUGAUGUUUCGAGUUCCUUUGGCUGGCAGUAAGCGCCAUUAUUGAUGAUGGCCUGAUCGACCUCUUUUUUAUAACGGAGUGAACUAAGUAGGUUAAUGAAAUCAUUACAAUUCGAAAUAAUGCUUAGGCGAAAUGCGAAAUUACAUGGUCACUACAUAAACAAUGUUUUCCUGUUAGGGUUGACAAAUAAGUCAAUGGAAAAUGUUUAACAUGUGAAAGUAAUUUCGAAAAAUCAGGUUUAUGUUUUUGCUCUCAGGAAGACACAUCGUAGAUCCUUUACGCCAAAUGUUAUUCUUUCGUCAUUAAAUGAACAAGCGUGCAACUUUAACUCUAGAAUAUUGGGAGAAGUUAUCUCUGCGGUAGGACGACGUUUCGAAAAGCCAACUGUUCAUUUGAAGCGCAUCCUUGCGUCUUACGAAACUUAAUGGUUUGAAGUAGAUGUAAAUCAAAGGGGACUGUAAAACAUUUAAGCACCUCAAAGUCUGUCAAAUCGAAAAUGUCAUAUAAAUUUAGCAACAUACCCACAAGUUGGUUGAGUCGUAUAUGCCGAGCCGAUCCUUCGUGGCCGUGGAUCUGGCAAUGUUUUGAUAAACUCAUUUCGCUAAUCUUAGGCGCUCUAAUGAUACAUGAUUUAUUUUUGCUUUCUUUAGAUAGUUUUCUUAAUCUAGUAUUUUGCUCUAAUGCUUGCAUAGUUAUUUGUAUCAAUUUGAUGUCUGUUUCACGCCUCUUUUGACUAACUAUGAAAAUCUUAAUUUGCUUUUCAGAUGAAACGAUUGGCCGUCCUAAGAGAGGUAUGAAAAUUAAGAAAUAUUUUAAUAUCCAACUGAAUUAUCUAUUCCUGAUAUAGAUUAAUUACAAUUUUAAGUGUUUUCUCUCUGCUAGUUUCAGAUACGUUUUUCACGAAGCUUGUGUUUUAGAAGUUGGCUUGGAAUAAGGCAGUAUAACCUUUUUAUGAAACAAACAUCCAGUAUUACCCCUUAUGUAAAUAUCACAUCAUCGUUAUAAUCUUUCCAGAAGACUACAUCUAUAGUAGAAGGACUAUAUCAGGAAACGUCAACCGAAGUUCUAAAAUGUUUUGUUAAUUCACAAAUAUUAUCUGGUAUGGUUUUAUUAUUGGUUAUCGGGCAGCAUGUACGCAGGAUAGUCUCCAUAGGUGAAUAAGACCGGCUUUGAAAAAUCAGAAGUAUGUACGAGUACUAAGUUUCCAAACAGAUAACGCAGGGACAAAAAUAAAAACUCCAUCCACAGACUAUAGACUGCAGGAGCUUGAAUUAUCUAAAUUAUUUUGUUGCUCUCCAUUCAAUUUACGUUAUCCGACUGCGCUCAAUUUAGACAAGGAUGGCGGUUUUUACGGUACGUUGAAGAAUUGACAGUGUUUGUCACUUCAAAUUGUACAUAAAGUGUGUUCUUUGUUACUCAAAUAUCCGAUUAAUCGGUCUAUUUUCAGAAGUCGUGAGGACAUCUACAACAAAAUAUCGUGGUAAGUGCCAUAUGGGUCUCUUAAUUUGUUUAUAAACUACUUCCCAGCACUGUAUUAGAAUGGUUGCAUAACUGACACAGGUUCCUGUUAAAUGAACAAAUUAACUUCCUCUGUAAUAUUCACUUUGUGCAGAGUGUUUGGCUAGCAUUUGAAACUCGGAGCAUUUAAACGACGUCGGUACAGACCUGACAAACAACUCUUUCAACUCACUUUGUCGGUUACUUUUCUGACAGUUUACCCACAAAGUUCUGGUGAAUCCUCCGAUGACGACGAAAGCGACUCAUCAACGGAAAGUUCUAAAAAUGUUGUCGUUGGAAGACUUGGUAGGCCGCGUUAGUUACGCAUACUAAGCAGUAGUUCUAGACAACAGUUUUUAACAAAAAGUUGCGUAGCUUUAAAAGCCAAAAACGAUUAAGUUUCAAUGAUCUCACUUGAAAUCGAAUUUGUUUCAACAAACAAUAGUUAACUGCCAAUGCUUCUGCAAGGAGAAGGGUCUGGACGGAAGAGGGAAAAGCAAAAGGCACUCGAGAAAGAAACGAGGUAAAUGCCCUCGUCUGCUUGGGACAAAAUUUGGAAAAUUUAGCAAAAUUAUUACUUUAUGCUUCAAUUAUUUCCCUUGACUUGUUCAUCUAGGCCAAACCUGUUUCGCGUUUGGAGAGUUAACCGCCCCCCACGAUGCAGGCUUUGCAGAGACUAUUUAAGACUCACUAGACAUCACAUUCACCUAUGCCAAAUAGUAAACGCCUAGGGAUACCCGCUUAAAAUAGUGUAUCAAGAUCAUCAGCCAAAUAGAUGGCACGUACUUCUAUUGCGCAGACUUGAACUGCGAAAAUUUUCCAAACACUAAUUUGAAGGCAAUUAGGCAAGUGCCACCAUUGUAACCCAAUGGCAAAACCUGUGUCGCUGAGGGAGUCAUAGGAAACACGCUGUUUCCGACGUGCUCACUAAGGAUCCAGUAAGGAUGUAGCUUUUCCAUUCUUUUUCAAUAGUUUACUAUCGACAUCACAGCAAGCGAAAAAAUAAAUGUCAAGGAAAUUUUUGUAUAUGACUGAAAUGCCGGUCAUCAUCCCAAGACUGAGCUGCUCAUCCUUUGUGAGCUACUGCGUGAAUGGUCAGGUCUCUUUUAAUUCCUUAGCUCAGAAGUAAUCUAGGGACGAAGAUCACCCAGCUACGAGAUCAGAAAGCGAUAAGUACAGUGAGUGGCUGAUCUAAUGAAAUGCAAGCCGAUAUUCUGAAAUGCCUUUUCGAUUUGGAAGGAUUACUUGGAUUGGGUUGAAAUAUUUACCAUUGUGAAAUAUAAUCCCAUAAGAUUUCGGACUUUCCAGAUUGCCGGCUUUUGAAUGCACCACUUUUUGACCUUCUGUAGGAACCACACUUAGUAAAAAAUGACUAUUGAAUAAGCACACAUUUUUCACAUUAAUGGUCAUAUAUCGAUAGUCUCAUAAACUCAAGUAAAUUUUGUAGAAACCAUGAACAAAAUGUGCUUUCGUUUGCGCGUUUAGUAGAAAAAUACGUCGUCGUCAUAUUUUAAAAUCCCACAAAAGUUAUUUUUGCUUUUAAAAGGUUUUUAAAACCGUGCAAGGUCCAUACCUACAGCAUCGCAGAUGACCGCUUACCAGUGCUUCCCAUGAAAUGUGUAACAUACUCUGAAUCCAUAGUGGGACGGCUGAGAACCGUUUUUCAGAACCUAAAUGUACAUCUCCUUUGUGUGCAAAAUGUGAAAAAAAUGUGAUUUAUUACCAAAGGAGUAAGAUAAGGCAUAUUUCUGUGUAUAUUUUCCAAAAAGUUUAUUUGAGUUUAUGAUCCCAUGGGCAAUUAAUGUAAAACAUGCAUGCAAAUCUAGUAGUUACUUUUAUACCGAGUGUGGUUGCUGCGGAGAAUCAAAACUAGGUGCAUUCAAAAACCAGCAUCCUGGCUAAUUUAACAUACUCUAGAAUUAUGUCUCACCAUAAUCAAAAUUACAACCCGACCUAAGUAGUCCAGCAUUUCAGCCAUCAUUUCAGGAGAUCGGUCACCCACUGUCGAACGAAGCGACUUCUUAAAACAGUAAUAACAGAGCCAACCAAACGGAAGCCCAAAGUUAGCAUUACCUUGUAAUGCAAAGCCAGAAAAAACUUUCAAAUAGUACCAUGAGUAGUGUUCUAUUGGUCUUCAUUGGCCUUCCCCAAAACCAAAUGUUUUCGAAUAGCGCACAUCGCGUAGCGAGUGACAACAGCGCAGUUACUUAGGAACUUUACAAAUAACGCAAUAUUGGCUCAUUUACUGAUAUGCCAGAAUGCUGGAGGCGUAUAAGGUGCUUUUUAAGUCCCCAGGACAAAAAGGUAAUCAGCUUUUUGGCGAAACUGGAAAAUUUUAAAUCCCAGUAUUCUUUUAUCUUAACUGUAGUAGCUGCAUACAGCUCAUAUAAAUCCCCUAUUCUUUACUGGCCUAUAUCCAUCUUAUAAAUAGCCUGGUGAUCAAACGGACAUUGCGAACUGUUGUAUAUUGGCAAUACCUCGAGCUUAAUAUAUGCUCGUUCGAAAGAAAUAUCGUUAGGUAAACACAUAAAGUCGAUGCGCUUACUACACGAUUAAACGAACUUCAUAGCCAGGAUUUGCAUCAUGUCUUCUGCAAGUUAUGUCCUGUUGAUGCGUGUACAUCUUUGGUAGCUUUGCUGAUCUUUGCAGCCCAGUUCCCCAACUUUUGGUUGUAAUUCGUCAAUGAGAAAACAAUCUAAUUGACCAAGUGCCACAAAUUCUGACAGGAUGCUAAACACAGUAAAAGAGAGACUUAGUGACUUAAUGGCUUUUGCGGGCGACAAAAUAUGAGCUAUGGCGAUCUGUUCUUCAAGAUUUUGAGUAUAUGGGUUGAUUUAACUUUUUCCACAGAAUCUCACAGAAGUGCGUAGAAGCCCUCCUUAACAAGCAGUACAUUAGAUUCUGUACAGCUUCUGUGAACAUUUCAUAACUUGAACGCAAAAUUAUUAGGCAAGUAAAAUAUACCUGUCACGCUAAGCUAUUGGCUGUUAUUCACUAACAGUUUUCCUUUACCUCACGUUUAAUCCAAAGAUGUCCUAGAGCCGCCUCACUUCUAAAUAAUUGCCCUCUUCUUCUACGUUAGAAGCUAAACUGCGCAUUAAUUAGUCGUUUCGUUUUGAUAAGUGAAUGAAAAUUGACUUCAGCAUCAAUGACUGAAGUAAAAACUCGAGGGGUCUGGCGAAAUGACCACUUCCGUUUCACUAGUCUUUCUUAAAUGGUUAUACCCCAAACCCAGGUUCGAAGGUUGCCGAGUUUGCAGGUUGGAUAUCAGACACUGCCCUUACCUGCGCACUAAGGGUACAUGUUAGACGGUCUGCCCUCGAAAAUAUUCAGUCAUUUAAGGAUAGGUUCGUGGAUACAUAUUUUUGGAGCCGGAAGUCUGCGAGCUACGUAGGUGUUCGCACUGCAUAGAAGAUAUAUUGCAAAAUCCUGAAUAUUGGGAUGAGCAUUUAUGGCCUAAUAACUGCCAUCGGUAACCUGGAAAAAAGCUCCAGUUCUCUUAAAAUUAUUCUAGCGCAAAAUAUUGGACAAAAAUCUUCUUCGGUAAUUGUCAUACUCGAGGACAGUUGCUGUUAUUUGUAAACAUAAAGUUGCCGAAGUGAAAACCCCAUAAUCGUUCGUGCUAACUUCUGCGCACUGUUUGCCAUUUCUGAUUGAGAUUUCUGAUUGCUGCAUUUUAUUAUUUUAUUUCUAUUGAAUAUUUCCUUAACAUAAAACUUUCUGGUUAGAUAACGGUUCCGGACAGAAGACGUCUCUCUUAAACACUGCUCUCUAUCGCUUUUUGUAUGACUUUUUUCUUUAUCGGACAAUUCUGGCACUUUUAGAUUCGUCAUCAGACUCGUUGUCUUCAUCAGACAGCUCUUCUGAGGAUGAAAAGAGCAAAAAGAAACGAAAGUCUAGACGAAGGCAUGGUAAGUCCACCGAUCGACUACAAUUCAUGACAGACUUCCUAAAACAUGUUAGAAAACUGAUUGUGUUGUUUUCUUUUGACAUGCAGCCAAGAGGGACUCUUCGUCUUCGUCCUCAUCUUCAUCGUCUUCUUCUUCCUCCUCUUCUUCUUCUUCAUCCUCGUCCUCUGAUGAGGAAGUUUCAAAGAAGAAGAAAAAGGGAAAGCCAAAGAAAAAGCGCUCUGGAAAGUCCAAAAGUCAGUAUUUUCUGCUAGAUAUAUUUUUCUUUUCACAAACUUUACACAAGUACAAUAUAAUGGCAGAGAAACAACAAUUGCAGUAUUUGCAACCUAGUAAAUAAAGGAGUUACUUCUGAACAAAGAAGGGCAUCCGUUAACAUAACGGUUAAUUUCGUUUUUGUCCAAUCCGUUGAACACGGAAGUGAAAAAAUUUUUUACAAAAUUACACCAUUCUCCUUGUAAAAUUGUUCAUUAAAUCUUCCUUAAAAACAACAAGAUGACCUUGUAGGCGUUUCCGAUGUAUACUCAAUGUAAAACAUUCCUCAUCUCCAAAGACUGCAUUCUUCAAUUAUUGUGUUCAAAAGUCUAGUCAAUUUCGCUCGCUUAUUUGCAAUUACUCUGCGUUAAGCUUCUGCUCGUAACAUUUUAUUUCAACUACUAGAACCGGGGACAAAGAAAUCAAAAGCCCCUCAAUUUCGAGGUGAGUUUAUUUAUUUUAGUAGGGGUUUUAAUUCCAUGACAUUCUAUAAGCAAAUAAAUCAUCAGCACUAGACGCACGCAAUUAUGAACAUUAUUUUAAACUUUUCUCUGGAGUAAAAUUGGAUAAUAUGUAUUUAACAAGAGCAAGGAAUGAUUAUCCACAUUAUCUCAAGCCUGAGGAUAUUACUGCGUUUGCUGAGUAUUCAGGUCUUCUGAAAAUCAAAUCAGCAGGCGUGCAGAGACCACAGAUUUUUGCAGUUUAUGAAUACGACUACCGGACAUUGUCGAGAUAGUGCAUUAUAUUCCUCACCCCUCCUUAGCAUCGGAACCUAGAUAAAACAUUUAACUUUGACUGAACGACUAACUCUUAUAUCUGCUGUCCGCGGUUAAUAUCAUACAAUUUUUCUCAGUGCAUUCCUUUAUCUUUUACAUUUUUUGAAUGCUAAUGGUGCAGUAUUUUGGUUUUAUGCUUGAAAUUUAUUUUCUUUCUCCUUAGGCGUACCAAAGGAGAUUGUCAUAACAUUCUCGGAUUAAGGUUCGUGCAGAUAUUUUGUUUUGUUUAAAUGAGCUAAAGCCAAACGGUUCGUAUCUGAAGCAACGCAGUCUACACUUUUUAAGAAGAACAGUGACUUCAAAAUCAAACUACUUCCGUCCUUUGAUGAUAACGUCAGAAAAAUGGCUCGGGACUUACCAGGUCGCAAGGUAACUAGAUAGCUGAUAGGGAGAUUGGGACAGGAAGUCUUUCAAAAUUCAUCCUAAUCCUUCCAGUUUGUCGAUCUAUUUCGGGUGAAAUUAACCGGCCUGUGUGAAGUGGACAACUCACAGCCGACAUUCGAAAUCCUUGCUUAAAUCAAGGACAUCAAGGACGUUUGAGUUCAGCACCAACCGUCAAAUAACAUUCUGGCAUCACUUUGAAGGUGCUUAUUACGCGCCGCAUCGCUUGAUAAGUGAUACCUAAGACCCAUGACAAAUCUGAAUAACCGUUCUUUACUCUUCCUGUUGAGAAUCAGACAAACCACAACAGUAAACUCUAAAGGCAUGAUAGUUGAAAUAAAAUAGAAUCGGUCAUUGAAGUGCACUCUGGCAUUUUAAUAACAACUGGCCUAACCACCGUUGACUUCGGUGGGUACUGCUUAAAAUCACCGUACACAUGGCUUGACCUUUAAACCGCGACUGAGACACCUAUCUGACUAUACGGCAUCAGGGCAAUAAUGGAUGAGUCAAGCAGACGAAGGGGCAAUAGAACAGGAUGUUUUGGCAUUGACUUAACUUCCUACUAUCUAGGCAAGAUCAUGCUUGUUACUGAAAGUAGUAUCGGCGACGAGCAACGACAGCGGGACUGCCAGUCCUCGUAUUCUUCAUUGUUGACAUAACCCCCUGUUUUAUUUACGUUUUUUUCUCCAGAGCUAUCGAUCCACUAAACGUUAUUCGAGGAAGCUGGCUGGCCGAGCUUUUCCCCUGA